UUGGCGCUCAAGCUUGCUCUCUUUCUCUUUUGCGGCUUCCCCCUCCCAGCCCUUUAUUUCACUACCUGCAGUUCUCUCUUCCUUUUCCUGCUAUACUGAACCACGAUGACCACGCCGGCUAUUAUCGGAGGAGUCACUGCUGCUGCAUUCAUUGUAGUCAGCGUUUUCACAUACAAGUACAUGCGGAAACAAUCCAAGGCCAGGCGCAAAAAGGGCGCCAUGCGGCUAGACGACGAAGAGCCGAUGAUCGAGACAAGCAGCAUUCUCCAGGCGCCGCCGCUGCCCCCACGGACUCACAGCUCCGCCGCAUCGCUACGAUCCUUUAGUUCGUCGAUAAGCAGCAUGUUCGAUGCAAAGUCUGAAGAACUGCCACCCUACUCGCCUAUAGACCCGGCGCUGCUCAGAUUCGACGACGAAUCGGACACCGACAUAGUGGCCAUGCCACCUCGCGCACAUGUAUAAUCCACCACCACCCGCUUUUCCUUAUUUACGACAAUGUAUUUUUU